AUGGCGGACGGCGGAACGAGCAGUCCGUUUCUGCGCACCAUCGAGUGGGAUAUGAUGGACAAGCGCAAGUUUUUCCCGCUCUCGAUGCUCAGCUCAUUUUCGGUCCGGUGUGCCCUGUAUCCACUAACGGUGAUAAAAACGCAACUGCAGGUGCAAUUCCGGAACGACAUCUAUAAGGGCAUGAUAGAUGCGGGUAUCAAGAUCUACCGAGCUGAGGGAAUGCCUGGGCUGUACCGGGGGUUCUGGAUCUCGUCGGUACAGAUCGUAAGCGGGGUGUUUUACAUCAGCACUUAUGAAGGAGUGCGACAUUUGCUGGGCCAGUACGGCGCGAAUCAGCGAAUGAAAUCGCUAGUCGCUGGUGGUUGCGCUUCCCUUGUCGGUCAAACCAUCAUUGUACCGUUCGACGUAAUUUCGCAACACGCAAUGGUCCUCGGCAUGGGUGCGCACGGAGGUAAAAACGGUGCUGUAAACCCGCUCGGCAUCAACUUCGACAAGAGCAGCAGUAGGUUACGGAUAACGCGUGAUAUCGCGCGCGAAAUCUUACGCCGCGAUGGCGUACUCGGAUUCUACCGAGGUUACACGGCUAGCCUAAUGGCAUACGUUCCCAAUUCCGCCAUGUGGUGGGCUUUCUAUCAUCUGUACCAAGAUGAGUUGCUUAAAAUCGUGCCACCGUGGGUAUCCCAUUUGUUGAUCCAGUGUGUGGCGGGAAGCUUUGGAGGUUUUACCACCACCAUCAUUACCAAUCCGCUAGACAUCGUCCGAGCGAGAUUGCAGGUGCAACGGCUCGAUUCGAUGAGCGUCGCGUUUCGCGAGCUCUGGCACGAGGAACACUUCCAUAUGUUCUUCAAGGGACUGACGGCGCGGUUAGUGCAAUCGGCCGCAUUUUCCUUCAGUAUCAUUCUCGGAUACGAAACCAUCAAGCGUGUGUCGGUCAACGAGCAGUACAGGCAUCUGAUCAAGUGGUAACAGCGUACGUCUGGCGUAUUCGCUUACACCCGUGUGUAUAUCUCACCA